AUAGCCUAUAUGAGCAAAUCUGACGUGAAAAUAUUUUAAUUAUAGACGGAAGUUUCAAAACGGUAAUUUAACACAAACGAGGAUUAUGGCGAAGUGCACGAUUCUAACUAGUCCUGUUUGAGUGCCUUGGUAACAUUGAUUUCAGGUGGUAGAGAAGUCGUUAAGCAAUCGGAAGAUGGUUAGUUGGAUCUCGACUCCUGUCUUCUGUCACUUUAUGUGCAAGCUCCAUGAUGUCUUUACAGCAUUUUCAACCACUCCACUGAGCUCCAGCGUUUCCGUGUGGACGCAAAUUUGCUGUGUGAUUCCGCCCUGGCUGGAUGGCAGUCUGCUGCGUUUGGGCCCAGGACUGUUUGAGGUGGGCAGUGAGCCCUUCUACCACCUGUUUGAUGGGCAGGCCCUCAUGCACAAGUUUGAUCUGAAGGGUGGACAGGUCACUUACUACCGCAGGUUUCUCAGAACAGAUGCUUAUGUGCGAGCUAUGACUGAGAAGCGCGUUGUCAUCACAGAGUUUGGCACUGCAGCCUAUCCAGACCCUUGCAAAAAUAUCUUCUCCAGAUUCUUUACAUACUUCCAAGGUAUUGAAGUGACAGAUAACUGUCUUGUGAACGUCUACCCUGUUGGUGAGGACUUCUACGCUGCCACAGAGACAAAUUACAUCACCAAAGUCGACCCUGACACACUGGAGACCCUGAAGAAGGUGGAUCUAUGUAACUACGUCUCAGUCAAUGGUUUAACGGCCCAUCCUCACAUCGAGAAAGAUGGCACAAUCUACAACAUAGGCAACUGUUUUGGGAAAAACAUGUCAUUGGCUUACAAUAUUGUCAAAAUCCCUCCCAUUCAGGAAGACAAAUCAGAUCCCAUCGAGAAGUCCAAAGUGAUUGUGCAGUUCCCUAGCAGUGAAAGAUUCAAGCCAUCUUACGUUCACAGCUUUGGAAUGACAGAGAACUUCUUUGUCUUUGUGGAGAUGCCCGUGAAAAUUAACCUCCUGAAAUUCCUGAGUGCCUGGAGCAUCCGUGGAACAAAUUACAUGGAUUGCUUCGAGUCCAAUGAAACACUGGGUACAUGGUUCCAUGUGGCCACCAAGAGCCCUGGUGAAUAUGUGGACCACAAGUUCAGAACCUCAGCUUUUAAUGUUUUCCACCACAUCAACACGUAUGAAGAUCAAGGCUUUAUUGUGGUUGACCUGUGCACCUGGAAAGGAAACGAGUUUGUGUAUAACUACCUCUACCUGGCCAACCUGCGACAGAACUGGGAGGAGAUAAAGAGGGAGGCCAUGAAGGCUCCUCAGCCUGAAGUGCGCAGAUAUGUCCUUCCCAUCGACAUACACAGGGAGGAACAGGGGAAGAACUUAAUCUCUCUGCCUUACACCACAGCCACUGCGGUUUUGCGCAGUGACGGAACCAUUUGGCUAGAACCAGAAGUUCUUUUCUCUUCACCUCGUCAGGCCUUUGAGUUCCCCCAGAUCAACUACACGGCACACGGAGGGAAAGACUACACCUACGCCUACGCGCUCGGUCUGAACCACUUCAUCCCAGACAGGAUCUGCAAGCUGAAUGUUAAAUCCAAAGAGACUUGGGUAUGGCAGGAGCCAGACUCGUACCCUUCAGAGCCGCUGUUCGUGCAGAGCCCCAGGGCCACGGCAGAGGAUGACGGGGUGCUCCUGAGCAUCGUGGUGAACCCCGGAGAGGGCCAGAGGCCAGCCUUCCUCCUCAUCCUCGACGCCAAGGACCUCACGGAGAUCGCCCGGGCUGCAGUGGAGGUCAUCAUCCCUGUGACCUUUCACGGAAUGUACAAGCCUUGAGGGGUCAUAACAACCAGAUGUGGGGGGGGUUCAGGAUGUGAAAAACAUCAUCAUGGUUAGUCAUUUGCAUGUCUGAUGACAAGAACUGCAUAUUGCACCUUAAAUGAUACAGGGUGUGUAGUUUGUGUAUAUAUAGUUUUGAAUAAACAUACCUUGAAGCAUAUCAAGGAUGAAA